AUGGAUCAAGCAAAACUUGGAGCGGAAGCACUCAGCGCAGGUAACUAUGCCGAGGCUAUCAAACAAUACACGGCCGCCCUUGCAGUCUCACCAACAUCGCCCGACUACCUUAUCAAACGAUCUACCGCGUAUCAGAGAAGCAGCCCGCCGGACUACGACUCUGCCCUCGCCGAUGCCAACAAGGCUGUCCUCGACGCACAAAAGAGAGGAAAACGCGAACUCAUCCUUCAGGGUCAGCUGCGACGAGCAAUAGCACUCUUUGGCCUUGAGCGUUACCCAGAUUCGAAAUUCUGCUUCGAGGUCGUCAAACGUAUGGACUCAAAAGAGAAGACAUUGCCUAUCUGGGAGAAUAAGAUCGCAACAAAGAUGGCUGCCAUGGAUGGAGCAAAGGAUGUGACUAUCAAGGAGACACCCGAUGAGGAAGAGGUGAAGAACGACAAGGCUGACUCAACACCCACACCGACUGCCGCUGCUACACCUGCACAACCCGCUGCAGUGGCCCAAACCCCCGCCGACAAGAUUCGUCACGACUGGUAUCAAAACAACGACAAGGUCUACUUCACUCUGCUUGCAAAGGGCGUUCCCAAGGACAAGGCCACAAUCGACAUACAGCCCCGCUCUCUCACCAUCUCCUUCCCUCUGCAAACCUCUUCCGACUACGACUUUUCGCUCGAACCUCUCUUCGCUGAGAUCGAUCCUUCAGCUUCUACAUUCUCCAUCAUGUCCACAAAAGUCGAAGUCGUACUCAAGAAGUCACAGCCCGGUCAGAAGUGGCCAUCACUCGAGGGCACUGAGUCCCCAACCGAGGCCGCAAAGUCCACGCCAUCAGUCGCUUCAGCGCCCAUUCAAUCGUCUAGUACCGCACAGAAAGCUCCUUCUUACCCUACCUCCUCUCGCAGUGGGCCUAAGGACUGGGACAAGCUCGCCUCAGAAGCCCUAGCCAAGCCCAAGACCGGCGACUCAAAAUCUGGAAGCAAGAUGGAAGAAGAGGAUGAUGAUGAAGGUGGUGACCCAGUCAACGGCUUCUUCAAGAAGCUCUACGCUGGUGCUGACGCAGAUACCCGCCGUGCCAUGAUGAAGUCGUUCAGUGAGAGCAAUGGUACUGCUUUAAGCACGAACUGGGAAGAGGUCAAAAAAGGCAAGGUCGAGACGAGUCCUCCUGAAGGUCUUGAGGCUAAAAAGUGGUGA